UCUCUCCAAGUGAUAAGAAACCAAGGACAGUAGUCCUAUGUGUUCGCUUAGGAUCCACUCAUUCAACUCUAACUUGUACUGCGAGUUUUCACUUCAAACUUGCGAGCCAGAAAGGCCCUUGUUUGUUUUUUUUCUUUUCUAUAGAAACUUUCAACUCAACUUCGCUUCUUCUUCUUCCUCCAACGUAUGCAACUUGCUGAUGGGUCUCUUCUUAACGGGAAAUUGAGCUCAUUUCCCAUAUGGGUUUUGUGAUUUGGGACAGAAUGAUGCCUUUGACAAGCAAAAGCAUGGAUUUUGCUGGAAAAAAUUUGGUUUCUUGUGGUUGUUCAUCCAAUGCUUCUUUUGACCGUUACACGGUGAGGAAUUAUGCAAAGGUGGAUUCUAAAGGGUGUGGCAGAGGACAUGGAACUCGUAAAUUGAUUUGUUGUAAGAGUAGGAGCAUGAAAUCUCGGGUUUCUUCUAUGAAGACUGCAGAGCCUACGGUUGAUGGUGGAACUCAAGCAAUUAAAGGUCUUACAGGAGGAUUGGGCUUGAAGAGUUAUUCAGAAACCCCCAUUUCCCCUACUCGGUUGUUUGAAGUGGUUGCUGAUGAUCUGCAAACCCUUAAUAAAAAUCUUCAGUCGAUUGUAGGUGCAGAAAAUCCAGUUUUAAUGUCAGCAGCUGAGCAGAUCUUUAGUGCUGGUGGGAAGAGGAUGAGACCAGCUCUGGUUUUCUUGGUGUCAAGGGCGACAGCAGAGCUACUUGGCUUGAAGGAACUUACUGUAAAGCAUCGGCGUUUAGCAGAGAUAAUUGAAAUGAUUCAUACUGCAAGUUUGAUACACGAUGAUGUAUUAGAUGAGAGUGACCUACGAAGAGUCUAUGAGUAUGUCAAUAAUGGAAACUUGGAGCAAUGGCUUCAUGGAGCUGAUAGUCAUCCAUGGAUAUCUUACCUGGGAAGCACGUAUCAAGAUUCUCCUUGGCACAACCAAAGCGUGAGUAUCUGCAUCUAUGCUUCUUUUGGUUUUCUUAGUCCUCAUAUAAAACAAUAUACUUGUUUCAAGCUUGCGAAUUUACACGAAGCAAUCGAGCCAAAGGUCAGGUGCACCUUUGGGUCAGUAUUUUGUCCUCUGCCCUAUAGACAGAUGAACUUUUCCCAUGCUCAAUAUUGUUAAACUUUCAUAAGAAAAUAUAAUUCUUAUAUUCUUUUUUGCUCUAUAUAUUUGUCAGAUAUGUGGCUCUGAAUAUGCAAAUACUGGCUAUAUAGAUAGAUAGAUACGUGACUUUUUUGCUCUAAAUAUAGAUUGCCUUUUAUUAAUGAUUUAAGAAUAUAGAGUUAAAUAAUAGUUUAAAUGUUAUAUCUUUUAUUAUUUUUUCUCUUUUAUUUUUUGUACUAAUAGUCUAAUGGAGUAAUAGGACAGCCAGAUAGAGUAUUUCAGUACCCCCAUUAACUAUUUUAAUCUGAUAGUUAAUUAAUUUUGUUCACGUUAUAUUCAGGUACUCACCCACUUACAUUGGAACAUACAUGAAUUACAAUUACAAUCAGGUAGGCAUAAUAAUCCGGUACAGUUACAGUUGCACAGCUUAAUACCAAAAUUAAUUAAAUGUAUAUAUGAGGGGAAAAAAUACUUUUUGA